AUGACAUGGAAGAAAAUUCCAUUGCGUAAUGAUUCAUUAAUGUUUCGCUUCAAAGCCACCCCGACACCAAAUUGGAUCAUCAAUUUUAAUUUUUUUCUAAGCAAUGAUGAAUCGGAUGGAAUAAUGCAUCCAGGAAAGGUGUCGAGAGUAGGUAAGAUUUCUGAUCCCAAGCAGAUGACAUACGAACAUAAAGAAUGUGGAAAUCGAUGA